GCGGAGAAAGAGUAAGAAGUAGCGAUUUCGUCCUCUCCUCGGUUUCUUCCCGUGCGUUUCUCCUCGUAGACGUCGGCUCUCUGUGCUACAUUCUUACGCGUUCCCUCGUUCUUGCCCGUUCUCAAACCGUUCGGAACCGUCCUUUCUUUUCGUUCUCUCUUUUCCUGUCCGUCAAAACUCUCCGUAUUCCCCUUAAUAUUCCCCCUUUUUCUUCCCCAUUACGACAUACAUAUACAUACAUACAUGUACACGUAUAUAUAUACUUACAAUUACUGUAUACUUCCCUGAAACCUAUCCCCCCCCCCUUUUACGCUCGUUCCCUGGUUCUUCUCUAUGUGUUAGAGUGUGUCAGAGAUUUUCACCAGUGUGUCGGCUGGAUUACUCGGUACGCGUUUUCUCGUGCUUCGAAUCAGAGGAGGAAAGCUCUCCGGGGGCUGCGCGUGUAUUUUCGUGCGUCGCGCGGGGUCUCGUGUCUGGUGGGUCGCGCCGCGCGAAACCUACGAGAGGCUGCUGUUUCUUCUCGCUUCUCUGUCUGUCUCCCCCUCGAAAUCUCUUCGUUUACAUUUUUCUGUUCUCCCUUUCUCCGUUUUUCUUUUCUUUCUUUUUCGAACUUUUCUUUGAUCCAAUUUCUGCCCAUCAAGAAAGAAAGAGCUGCGUGUGUAAUACAUGUGAGAGAGGGAGACUCGAGGACCGUCUUUCUUUUUUUUUCUUGGUUCCUCUUGGCAGUCUUUCGUCGUCCUCGGCGUGCAGCAGCGGCGACAAGCGGCGGCAGCCAGCAACACACGGCAACGAGCGGGCGUCCGUGACACGAUCCAGGGUAAUCGAGCGAUCCGUUUGUUCGUGGUUGCAAGUAUACGAGUGCUUCGAAACGCGCGAAUAAAUGUGUCGGUCACGGUACAAGACGUGAAGCGGGGGAAUACACGGCAAGUGAGUAUAUUUUUAGUAGCAAGCGCCAAGCGCUAAAGGCAGAGUGGUAUAAACGGCGCGCAGUGGCCUGAUGAAGCGGCGUAUGUGACAUCAAAUUUCUCUCUCUUGCCACCUCGACGAGACACCGAGACAUCUUGCAGACCAUCAGCGCGCGCUGUUGGCCCUCCAAUUUUCUGGAGGCCAGUGGUGUCAGUGACACCAGAGAAUAAUACGAGCUGCUAGCGUGAAGGAGUACAGUAGAGUUGGCUUAGGCCAACGUCGGUGUACAAAGCAAAAUGGCAACAAUAGAUGGCCGACCAACCCAAUAUGGUAUCACUCUUAAGCAACUUCGUGAGCUCAUGGAGCUCCGGGGACGUGAAGGUGUCAAUAAAAUCAGUAGUUAUGGUGGUGUGCAGGAGAUUUGUAAAAAAUUAUACACUUCACCCAGUGAAGGUCUCAGUGGAUCAGCAGCUGAUAUUCAACAUAGACGAGAUACAUUUGGUUCCAAUCAAAUACCUCCAAAACCACCAAAAACAUUUCUACAACUAGUAUGGGAAGCUCUUCAAGACGUUACAUUAAUCAUCCUGGAAGUAGCUGCGUUGGUUUCAUUAGGUCUUAGCUUUUAUCAGCCAGCAGAUGAUGAGGAGAGACCUUUAAUAGAUGAAGAUGAAUCAAAGUAUGGCUGGAUAGAAGGAGCUGCUAUAUUUGUUUCUGUGAUUUUGGUGGUAAUAGUAACAGCUUCCAAUGAUUACUCUAAGGAAAAACAGUUUAGGGGGCUCCAAAGUCGGAUAGAAGGGGAGCAUAGAUUCUCUGUCAUUCGGCAAGGAGAGGUCAAACAGAUCUCUGUGACUGACAUUGUUGUUGGUGACAUAUGUCAGAUAAAAUAUGGAGACCUGCUGCCAGCAGAUGGUAUCCUUAUACAAAGCAACGAUCUCAAAGUGGAUGAGUCCAGUUUAACCGGAGAGUCAGACCAUGUUAAAAAAGGAGAAUCGUUCGAUCCCAUGGUACUCUCAGGUACACAUGUGAUGGAGGGUUCUGGGAAAAUGUUAGUUACUGCUGUGGGCGUUAACUCGCAGGCUGGUAUUAUCUUUACUUUGUUGGGUGCUGCUGUUGAUCAACAAGAACAAGAAAUCAAGAAGAUGAAAAAAGAGGCUAAGAAGCAGCGGAAGAAGAAGUCAUUAACAGGAGAUGAAGCUGGAGAAAUAACUGGAAACAGCCAUGUGAGUGGAGGCAAGCACGAGGCCGGGGAGAACCAUCACGCAGCCAGCCAUGCAGGUGGAGCAGAAGGGAAGAAAGAGAAGAGUGUUUUACAAGCCAAGCUAACUAAACUCGCCAUACAAAUCGGUUAUGCCGGCUCGACCAUAGCAGUGCUUACUGUUAUCAUUCUAGUCAUUCAGUUCUGCGUUACCACGUUUGUGAUAGAGGGGAAACCUUGGAAAAAUAUGUACGCUGGUGAUCUGGUGCGGCAUUUGAUCAUUGGUGUAACGGUACUCGUAGUCGCCGUUCCCGAAGGUCUUCCUCUAGCUGUCACCCUUUCUCUCGCUUAUUCCGUUAAGAAAAUGAUGAAAGACAACAACUUGGUACGUCAUUUGGAUGCUUGCGAAACUAUGGGUAACGCCACGGCAAUCUGUUCGGACAAGACUGGUACCCUGACAACCAACCGGAUGACCGUCGUUCAGUCGUACAUAUGCGAGAAAAUGAGUAAAAAGGUCCCGGAGUUCUCGGAGAUCCCGUCGCACAUCGGAAACUUAAUAAUUCAAGCUAUCGCUGUUAAUUCGGCGUACACAUCCAGAAUAAUGCCCCCGCAGGAACCUACAGAAUUGCCGCUUCAAGUCGGUAAUAAAACCGAAUGUGCCUUACUUGGAUUCGUAGUAGCCCUGGGCAUGAACUAUCAGACGAUACGAGACGAUCAACCUGAGGAAACCUUCACACGGGUGUACACGUUCAAUAGCGUUAGGAAGAGCAUGUCUACUGUCAUCCCGAGGAAAGGUGGUGGAUACAGACUCUUCACCAAGGGCGCUUCCGAGAUCAUUAUGAAGAAAUGUGCCUUUAUAUAUGGUCGUGAAGGUCAUUUGGAGAAAUUUACCAGAGAGAUGCAGGAGCGUCUGGUAAAGAACGUGAUCGAGCCGAUGGCGUGCGACGGUCUCCGUACGAUCUGCGUCGCAUAUCGCGACUUCGUUCCCGGCAAGGCAGAGAUCAAUCAGGUUCACAUCGACAACGAUCCGAAUUGGGAGGACGAGGAGAACAUCGUAAACAAUCUCACGUGUUUGUGCAUCGUCGGUAUUGAAGACCCGGUACGUCCGGAGGUACCGGACGCGAUCAGGAAGUGUCAGAAGGCGGGCAUCACUGUGCGAAUGGUGACUGGAGACAAUAUAAAUACUGCGCGUUCCAUUGCCCUGAAAUGUGGGAUUUUUAAGCCGAACGAAGACUUCCUGAUCUUAGAAGGCAAAGAGUUCAACAGGAGGAUCCGUGAUGCUAACGGCGAGGUACAGCAACAUUUGCUGGACAAAGUGUGGCCGAGGUUAAGGGUGUUGGCUAGGUCGUCGCCUACAGACAAAUACACGCUCGUGAAAGGCAUAAUCGAUAGCAAAGCGAGCGUGAGUCGCGAGGUUGUUGCUGUAACCGGUGAUGGAACGAAUGACGGUCCUGCUUUGAAAAAGGCGGAUGUCGGCUUUGCCAUGGGCAUCGCCGGCACCGACGUCGCUAAAGAAGCUUCUGAUAUCAUUCUAACGGACGAUAAUUUCUCGUCGAUCGUGAAGGCAGUUAUGUGGGGUAGAAACGUCUACGAUAGUAUAGCGAAGUUCUUGCAGUUUCAAUUGACCGUCAAUAUCGUCGCUGUUAUAGUUGCUUUUAUCGGAGCAUGUGCCGUGCAAGAUUCUCCCCUUAAAGCGGUGCAGAUGUUGUGGGUGAACUUAAUCAUGGACACAUUAGCAUCUCUUGCAUUGGCCACCGAAAUGCCAACGUCUGACCUUCUUCUUCGUAAACCGUACGGUCGCACGAAGCCGCUCAUCUCCAGGACAAUGAUGAAGAACAUUCUCGGCCAAGCUGUCUAUCAAUUGUCUGUAAUUUUUAUGCUUCUUUUCGUUGGUGAUAAGAUGCUUGACAUCGAAACUGGCCGAGGAGUUGCGCAGACUGGUGGCGGUCCAACGCAGCACUUCACCAUCAUCUUCAACACAUUCGUCAUGAUGACUCUUUUCAACGAAUUUAACGCUAGGAAAAUCCAUGGUCAGCGUAAUGUCUUCCAAGGAAUAUUCACCAACCCCAUCUUUUACUCUAUCUGGAUCAUGACAUGUCUAGCGCAGGUAAUUAUCAUACAAUACGGUAAAAUGGCGUUCAGCACGAAAGCUCUCACAUUAGAACAAUGGAUGUGGUGCCUGUUCUUCGGAGUCGGUACUCUAUUGUGGGGCCAAGUAAUUACGACUAUUCCUACGCGCAAGAUUCCUAAAAUCCUUUCAUGGGGCCGCGGCCAGCCGGAUGAUAUCGGUGCGAUCAAUCUCGGAGAUGAGAAAUUCGACCCUGACUCGGAUAAAAAGCCGCGCGCAGGACAAAUUCUAUGGAUCCGUGGUCUAACACGACUACAGACACAGACGAGCAAUAGAACUCUGGUGCAGAAUGUAUCUGUGACAGGCAGAUCCCCCUCUCAGGAUUACUAUAUGAUCCGCGUAGUGAACGCAUUUCGGCAGGGCCUAGACGCGCGCUACACGAGCGAGCACAGCACCACUACAUUGGCGGAGGUAUUAAGAAAACAGUCGUCCUUAAGUAAGCGGCUCUCGCAGACGAGCAGCAUCGAAUACGCCGACAACAACCCAGACGAGCUGACCAUACCCGAGAUAGACGUGGAAAGGCUGUCGAGUCACAGUCACACCGAGACCGCCGUUUAGAACAGGAGAAGUAUGGCGUGGAUCUCAACAGCCAUCACGACGACGACAGUCUUCAUCAAGUUGUGUGUUAUGUUCGAUCCUCUCUGACGAUGUGUAAAACACGACGAAAAAUUGAUCAUCCUCAUCCUUGUUUUUCUCGUGGCCAGCGCGUUUGGAAAAAAGAAACAAACAAAAAUGAAAAAAACAGGACGAAAAUCGUGUGCAUUGAUCUUCCUGGACAACAAAGGAAGAAAGGGGAUCGUAUUCCUAACCUAGUCAAACGAAGUCGAAUGAAACAAUAAAAAAAACGUGUUCGCGAGUUAGGUCCUCGUCAUUUUCUUUCUCUGUUCGUGCUUUGUUAUCGGCGGUCGAUUAUAGUAGAAUGGACGAUUUUAUCGUAUGUCGGUCAUGCCGUGUUCAGUCUGGGAGAAGAGAAGGAAAAAAGCUAUGAAAUGGAAGAUAUAAAAACACGAUGACGAUGACCUUCUGCCCACGAUACGUUGCCGCGGACAUCUCAGUUGAUCCGUGCGAAACACCAAUUAUAAAAUACCAAAGUAACGCACCACUGCCUUUCCUCUCUUUAGUUGUUACUUACGUUUCCUUCAUUUUUUCUUAUUUCCCUCGCUCUCUGCGCAUCUAUCACUUUCUCUCACCGAAUAUUCGGUCUUCUUUUUAGUUUCAUCCGUUUCAUUCUUUGUUACGUCGUUUUCGUACCAUCGCCCCCCUCUCCUACGAUAUUACGUGGUACUUUUUCCUUUUUUUUUUCAUUCUUUUCUCCUAUAAUAAAAUUGCACCACAUGAAAUUGUAGCAGAGGUGGAGAAAACAGGGGAAGAAAUACGAAAACGAAGAAAGUUAGCUUGAGAGAAACUGUUUCCAUCGACGCGACAUGGGACUCGCUUAAGAUCGCGUUUUCGUCUGCCGGGAAAACGGAUUUUCCUUUCUUUUUGUUUGCAGUCUCGUGUCGCUGUUGAUCAAUUUCCUACUCUUGACUUUUCUUCGUUCCCUUCGUCGUACGUCAUUCUGUUUUUCAUUGGCUUCUUUUUGCUCCCAUCUAUCGUUUCCCUUCCUAAUCUCUCUUUCUAUUUCUGCCUCGCACAAUACGUAUUCACUGUACUAUUCUUCUUCUUGUUUUCUUCUUUCUCUGUUCUUUGUUAUAUCCGCUGUUAUCUUUGUCUCUCUUCCUCGCGUGACUUAAACAUGAUCUAGUCACUAGUUUGUAUUGCUAAAUACUUCCGUGAAUAUACUCAGCACUGGGGGUGCCUUACCGAAAAACAAAGUUUAAGAAAAAAAAUGGAAAAAUAUAAAAAGAACUGCGCAUUGUCUUUUAGCCUUACUUCGUGUGUAAAACGAGAUUUCAUGAUGGAUAAGAAUGAAAAAAAGCGAAAAAAAUCGCAUAAGGGGAAUGAGGUGAAGGAAUAAAAAAAAGAUAAUUUGUCGCACCGAUUCUUCUUUGUUACGUCCGCGUAAUUGAAAGAAAUGGGAGAUUAACAGUAAGAAUAAUAUAACGAAAGUAAAAAAUGUAGAAACCAAAAAAGGUUGAACAAAUGGGAAACGAAUGCCACGACAUUGCCAUUAUUACGCUUAAAUCGAUAUAAAGAUCCUGAUAGUAAAGACGUUAAUCACGCCACGGUACGAAAACCUGCAUGUACUUUUAGUAAUAAAUAUAUAGCUACGAUCUACCCAAAAGAAAAAAAAUUAUUAAACACGUUUUUUCAACGAGACACCUUUUUUUUGUGUUCUCUGCUCGCCGAAGCAUGCGUAUAUAUUUAUAUAUGCAUAUAUAUAUAUAUAUAUAUAUAUAUAUAUAUAUAUAUAUAUGAACAACAUAAAAGAACGUGUCUGGCCAUGCAGUUUUGAAAUUCGCCGCGAAACCAACACGCAUAUGUAUUCACUUAUCUUUUUUUUAAACAUUUACAUAUUUUCCUCUUUCCUAAUUUUACUUCACGUGGCUAUACUGUAAUUAUUCUCAGGACCUAUCGAUUUCAAUCGAGAACGAAGUGUGCGUGUAUCGACCAUCGGUCGAAAUUCUGAUCGAUAUAUAUAUAUAUAUCUCGAAUGACACCUCCAUUGUCCGAUGCUGUUCGAUUGUGCCCGCGAUCUUCGACAGCACGGAUCGAUAAUCGUGUACGUCGCUAGAGGGACAAACUUUUUUCGUUAAUGCAAAAAUCAGUAUUCUUGCGCCAUUGGAUUAUAAUUAAUAUCGAUAAUCGAUAUUCACUCCAAACCGAGUAUAAUAUAUUAUGCGUUUUUAGUUAACUGAGAAAGAAAGAUAGGAAAAGAACUACAUUAUGGGAACCGCUGCCAAAUAAGAAGAAAAAUGGGGAAAAAAUAAUAAGAAAAGCGUAAUGCGUGUUUACCAAGUCUCCAUGAAGUCAGUAGCCGAUAUAUAUAUGCUUAUAAUAUAUAUGUAUAUAUAGAUAUUAUAUACAUGUAUAUUUAAUAUAUAUAUAUAUAUAUAUUCGUUUGAAAUAUGUACGUGUAGCUUUCUAAAAAGUUCGUUCGAUGUGUGUGUGUGUGCUGAUGUUAAAAAAAAGAGCGCGGGCGGAGGGAUAUGGUGGGGGAAACGCGAAAGAAAGAUGGACGAUGGGUAUUCUCCUUGUAUACGGAGAACGACGGUGGUUUGGUUUUUGCACGCGCUCGAGUCACGGAAGCUUGUUAAUUCGUCGUGUUGCGUUCACGCGGACAAAUUUUUUCGUAGGUCCGUUUGGAAAAUGAAAAAAAUAAAUCAUAGGACUUAGUUUCGAAAGAGAGAAAAAAGUGAAAAAAAAGAUGAAAAGGCUUUACAAGGCCUAUUUACAUGCACCGUAUUCUAGUCUUAAGCACUCUAUGCCUUACACUGCCAGUUAUAAAGACGCGCUAUUCUUAUGGAUAUCUGUAAACGGUACACACACAUAUAGGUAUAUAUAUAUAUACAACGAUGCUAUCGUCGUCGACGUCGUCGUCGUCGACCACGCCGUCAUCGUGUACUAUGUUUGUCUCAUGAUUAGUCACCUACAUCGUCAUUCUCCCCCUCACAAUUGUUUCUAAUCUUUUUCUGUAAAAAAGAAAGAAAAUCAAUAUUGAUAUCUACCAUGAAUUUUUUUAUUACUAUUAUUAUUAUCGUUAAAAUUAUUAUUAUUAUUAUUAUUAUUAUUAUUAUUAUUAUAAUUAUUGUUAUUAUUAUUAUUAUUAUCGUUAAGUUUUCAUCUUUAUCUCUUGGUUUUUAGAAUCCGUUUCUAUCACUCUGACUGUUACCUCUAUGUGCUGUCUAAUUUUAUUCGCUCCACUAUGUCUCCAGCCCUAGUUUUCUUAUCCUUGCCACUGAUACUCAUGCACGCCUAUGUGUAUUAUCUCUACUUUCUCUGUCUUUUAAUUGUUUUAGUCAGAACUUAGAAAUGUAAAGAACGAAAAUGGAAACAGAAUAACAUAUUUUAUGGAAACUUAUCCUUAAAAAAAGAAAGGGAAAAGGAGAAAGGAAUGAUCGCUACUAAUUUCACGCAGACUUUGAUAGACACGAUCGCGUCUUACGAAUGGUGAAAAUGUUGCCCACAAUUAAUUCCAGAAAUUUGGAAAAUCCGCAACAGCGGGAGAUUAAAAAAAAAAUAAAGCCGAACGACGAAAAAAUGUUAGUGUCGAUUGUUAUAAUUACGGACGUCGUUAAAAAUGGGCAUUGAACAUCCUCUUAAAAAAAAAAAGGAACGAAAAAAUCGAGAAUCAAUAAGAAAUGAAAAAAAUACACACACACAUACAGGUUAUCGAUAUCUUGCUGUUAUCGAAGUUUCUGCAUGCUCGGAAUCAUCGUUCUCGUUAUUGCCGUUUUCUCACCCUAUUGUCAUCCUCGUUGUAUACCUUUUUACGUUUUUCUUGCCCGCCGUCGAGAUCGCACGAUCAUCCGAGUGGAACUCGAAGAGAACAAAAAAUACCGAGAUAAAAACGAUGAAAAAAAAAUGCAAAAAAAAUAGAAGAUGAACGAAACUCGACUCGUCACUCUUGUCCCGUCCCUAAACUGCAUUAAGCAUCUUUGUACGCUCCGAUUGUUCUUACUCUGUACUCUAUAUUUAAACGCAUUUCGCGACUAUUUAAGAUUGUGUAGAGUAUAAAAAAACUAAUGUCGUACACGGAAAGCAAAAAAAAGGAGGAACAAAUCGUGUAGUUUCGAUAUCCAAUACAGAAUGAGAGUAAAAAGUAUUGUUAUGAAAUGAAACGAGCAAAAAUGCUGUCCUCUCUCGAUACAGACCGAUGUUAUCGGACGAGUCGCGUGUUUAUGAGAAGAGUAAGGAAAAGGGGGGGGGGAGAACGAACGAUUCCACGGGGAGAUAAAAGUACGAGAAGAGAAAAAUAUGGCCACUGUGGUCAGCUUGAUAUUCCGGCAUAGAAGCUGCUCGUGUGUAAGGUUUUAUUCGAGGCCAUUCUUGAGACAAAAUAUAUAGUUGAGUUCUCGUACCAUCGAAGUUGAUGAAAGAGAAACUGUCCUUGUAUAUACCUCGCGACGAUCGUCACCGGUGCGAAUCCUUGUAAAAUCGGCCACUCUGCUCCGGGGACGUCUCUAUACCUUUUGUGUUUCCUUUCGACGUUGCUACGAACAAGAACAAAAGAAGAUGGAAUAAAAGACAGAAGAGGAUGAAUAAAAGAAGAAGAGGAUAAAAUAUAAAGUGUGAACUUAACCGACACGAUGAAAGUGAGAAAAAUCAUGUUCGUGCAGCGGUAUGAUAUUGCAUCGAUCCGUAAACGUCGUUUCCCAUCUCGUGCUUCGAACUGAUUAUCGAUCCUGUAACGAGAUCGAGCUGUCUUCACCUAACGAUGUAAAUAUACUAUAUAUAUAUGCUAUAUAUAUACUAUAUAUAUAUACAUACAAUAGUAUUCUCGCGCCUUUAAUCGGUCAUCGAUCUCUAGGAGCAUUUAUCAUGCUCAAAAUUUUUCUUAUAUGUAUAGGUUAUGUUUGACGUAUAAAAUAAUUCUCAAUCAUUUACUUACUUUUUAUAGUAUUUUUCCCUUUUUCAAUCUUUUUACAUAUUUAUGUCCUUUGUUUUUGUUGUAAAUAUAUAUUAUUAUUGGUUAGAUCACGAUCAUGAUAAUGGUCCUAUAGAUUGAUCAAGCAAUCCGAUGAUUUUGUUCGUUUUUGUUUAAAGGAACUCGGUGGAGACGAGUAGCCAGAAAACACUUGUAUACCCUUGUAAAGUAAACCUAAUCACUAGACAGCGGAUUUUUAUGCAAAUUCGUAUGUUCAAGAGAUAAAAUUAAAUGAGUAGGACCUAGACAGAAAUUUCUUUUACUUAUUAAAUGUUAUAAAGGCUAUUAUACCUUGGAUAUUAGAUAUACUUCUUUAUACUAUACAUUCUAUACAUUCUAUGCAUUUUUGUAUCUUUAAAUUUCUUAUAAUUGCAUAAAAAUCCGCGGUUUAUUUAUCACUGUAUCAGAGAGUUAGAGGAACAGCGAGAGGGGGGGGGGCGACUUCCGGUGGCCCGUGACGCAAACUUUCUCGUAGAUUUGACUAAACCGGAGAUCGUCGUCCCCAUCACCGAUCAAAUUGUUUCCGUCGGUAUUUCCAGAUUGCAAGGUUAAUCCUUUUGCGGCAUUUAAAUAUUCUUACACAGAAUUUAUUGUUAACCGUUGUCUUCUGUCCUUGUUGAAUCAAUAAUAAUAAUAAUAAUAAUAUUAGUGAUAAUAACGACGACGACGAUGAUGAUGAUAAUGAUAAUUGACUCUCAAUAUCGACUUCACAAUAGAUAUUGAUUGAUAUUGGUUUGCGAAAGAAUUAAUCUUGUUGGAGAAAGAGAUUUGUGGCCCAUGCGCAAACGAAAAUUUCGAAUAACGAAUUCACGUGGUAAUAUUGCUAAUAUCGUACCAUUUGUAAUAUCAUUUCACGAUAUACUGAAAGAAGAAGAGAGAAAAGAAGGAAAUGUGCUGAGUAUUUUCAAAUAGUUGGGAGAAUUUCUGUCGAUCGAUGGUUGCAUAGCCACAAAAAUUCUGUUUUCGAAUCUGGUAUCUCCGGUCUAUCGUAUAGAAUCGAAACGUGCCACUGCCUGCGGUAUCGAGACGCCGGAUGUUGACACUUUCGUAAUGGCAUUUAACGUACACUGUAAUUUCUCUUGAUUUUACGCUCCGCCAUUGUUCGAUAAUAAUCGCGUUAUGCAUCUCCAGACACCGUGCAUCGAGAUUUUCUUUCCUCUACUGAUUAUCUAUUCCCUUUCCUUUUAACCUAAAAAACAUACCUAAAGUAACUUAAUUAUUAGAACUUUUCCAAUAUGAUACAGUUAAAGUUGAAUAAGUGAUCGAAAAAAAGAAACACGAACUUGCAUUUAUCUAAUCCUUGACGAACUAGUACUAAGGCUUAAAUUAAUUAGUAAAAUUCUGCAGAACACCAAGAGAUAUAUUAUAUUUGGUUCGAGACAGGAUAUUCAUACUGGGCGACUAUUGUUUUGGCUGUCAGCAUAUUUUUAUUUGACAAUCUAAAGGAGAAGAGGUCAGUACCCCUGACUAAAUAAUUAGAUAUUGCAUGUUUCAAAAUUCUCGCGGUACAUUGGUUGAAAAAUGCUGAUCUGUUGGUCGAGACCAAACUUCAAAAAAGACAGUAAAACAGAAAGAGACAGAGAUUCGAGAGAGGGAGGAAUAAUGACGAAAUACGAAGUUAUCGUGCCGCACACUUAUCCAGCUUUCACUGUACAUGAAUUUUUUGUAGAAAGAAUUAAAAAGAGGUUAGUAAAACUCGACUCAUGCUGUCGGAGAGAUCGAUUUCACGUCUAAUGACGUAAAAAAAAGGAAAAAUAAAAAAAGUUGAAUAGCGUUAAUCGCGUCCUUGUACUAUAAGCAAUAAACAAAAAUAGAGAGAGUGAACGAUGCGAGACGAUUUGAAAGAUCGAUACCAGUGAUCCGUACGAGUGCUGCAAUAUCUUACUGCUGGAUCGAUCGUUAUCGCGCUCGAAGCAGCGGCGAAUUUUCUUCUUCGUGUUAAGAGGGAAGAAGGGAUCCCAUAGAACCGUGACGAACUUUCUUGGGGGAAAAAAAGAGAAAAAAGUUUGAAAAAAAAGAGCUACUUUAGACGCGUCGAAACUUGUAUUAAAAAAAAAAACUAUGCGGAUCUAUCGAAUAAUUAUAUUUUACACAUCUAGCGACGUUUAUUCCCGCCCCGUUGUUUAGAAAAGAAAAUCUUGUCGUCUCAUUUCAGUAAUUAAAGUACAAGAUUAUUUACGAGAUAUAUACAAAAAAGAAAGGAUAACCUCUGUAAACUGUUCAAUUUCGCCGACACUGUCGCGCCUUCGUCAUUAUCUUUGCAGCCAUUAGGCAAACAAUCAUUGUUCUCUGCAUCCAUCUCCCGCCGUUUUCGCGUCCGAUUAUCGAUCGCGAACAAAUCGAUUGUCGAUCGAUCGGACCUAGCUGUACUCUUUUUGAAACGUCGACUAUCCUUCGAAUCGCUUUCCAUGAUUAUCCUUUUGAAAAAUAAACAAGUAAUUAACUAAAGAAAUACAGAAAACAAAAUCGAUUCUUUUAUAGGUUAUGAUCGUUUUCCAAAUUUGGUACAGAUUCGAACGAAGAACAAAAUCGAAGUUGUCGAAAUCUUAAAUAUAGAAAUCAAAAUUCUAUAUGUCAUAAAUGUCGAUAAUUAUUAAUUUUUAAUUUAUUAUGUUGUGUAAUAAGUCCUUUCGCUAAAAAUCGUUACUUUUUCGUUUUUUAUUACGUAAGAUUCAUUUUUAACUACUAGAUUUUAAUUAAAUUUUGUUCUCUUAUCUUCUGAAGAUAAGUUAGGUUAAUUAUACAUAUAUAUGUAUAGAUCUACUAAGUAAAUUUUGUUCCAUUAUCCUUUGGAAAUAGACUAUCUAACUUAAAAUUUGUUUUGCUUUGUUAAAAAAUUCUAAUAUGUAUAUUUUUACAUACUUUAGAUUAUUUAACGAAAGAGAUUCGAAAUUUAAUACCAAACGACAAACGAAUUUGUUACAUAAGCCAUACACGCGGCAAAUUUGGUCGCUUAAUUUUUUAUUUUUAAUUUAGCUCUUAACUGUUAUCCUUGGCUAAUAUAGGUAACUACAAGUUUACGGUACUCAAUAUUAAAAUAUAAAUUUAUUCGAGAAAAAGUAUCAUUAAUUAUUUUUAUCGCCUCAGACAUAAUGUUUAAACAAAUUAAAAUACUUGACAAAUAAGAAUGUACUCUACUGCAACGAUACCAGUUGAGGGUUAAACAUAUAUAUUUAAAUAUAUGUAUUUAAACAUUUUCGAAGAAAAUUACAGAUUCGCAUAAUUUCGUCAGAAAAAUGUUUGAAAAGAAUGCGGCUUCCGUCGUGAGGACCGAGAAACGGCUGGAAUUUCGAGUCCAUGAUCGAUUGUUAUUAGCAGACUGUGGAUUUUUAUGCAUUUAUGAGAAAUUUAAGGUUGGAAAAAUGCACACAAUGUAUAUAGCAUGCAAGAACAUGUAAUAUAUUCAAAGUGAAAGCAUCAAAGUUAUGAUUAGAUUGCGAAUUUUUAUGCAUUUAUAGCAAAUUUAAAGGUAUAGAAAUGCACAGAGUACAUAUAAUAUGUAAAAAUCUAUAAAAUAUCCAAAGUAGAGUAUUUAUUGUAUUUAGUAGAUGAAAUAAAUUUUCAUUUAAGUUCCAUUUCUCCAAUUGCAUAUGUUCAGAAAAUUUGAUGUAUAGAAAUCCGCAGUCUAGUAAUGAUAUUUAAAAAACGGAACAAGUCUAUUUUAAGUUCCAUUUCUUUAUUCAUAUUUAGAAAGAUAUGAAUUUGCAUAAACAUCCGCAAUCUAGUUAUUAAUGGAUCUAGAGUGACACGAGAAAACACACCAUUGCGGUUGGGACCAAGUCUCGACGAUCGUCAAGAGUAAUUAGAAAGACAAAAGAGAAAAAAAAAGAGUAUUAAAAAGUAUACAAAAAAAGUAAUAAUAAUAAUAAUACCAUUGAGCUAGCGGAAGAGACGAUUUCUUUCGGCAGCUUAGUUGUGUCUCGUCGUUUAUAAAUUAUACCUAAAAAGAAAAUCCUAGCUAUGUCGUGCGCGCGCUCAGAGCUGAAAGAUUAUAAAGUAAAACAGAAAAGAACAAAAAUACGUACGUAUACAUUGAUUAUAUUUCCAUCGUUUUCUCAAUUUACUGGAUUUCCAGGCUAUUGAAGGCCGUUUCGCCGAUCACGAAAGCCGGUGACGGAUAAUGACAGUGUGUCAGAAAAUGCACAUUCAGUUUGCGAGUAAGUUCAUGAAAAAAAAGUGCGUGCAUGUCUUUACGUGUAAAGAAAAAGAAAAAGAACAAAAAAAAAGGAUAAGAAAGGAAACAAGAGAAAAAAAGAUAAAGUUAACUCAUAGAUCAUUUAAAAGAAUAUUAAA